AUGUGGCAACGAGGAGACAGCGGGUUCAAUCGGGACAGCGAAAAAUCAAGGCAUGAUCGCACGCACUGGGGUUGUCCCGAUUCUUCGCUCAAGAUCGUCAGAAGGCCGGUCUUCGAUGACUUUCAUGGCCAUUUUAGCGUUCCUCCAAUGCGUCAGAGCAGCUUUCACGGACAGCAAGGGCACAUUUCUCACGGUCUCACUUUCAACGAAGAGCGCAGCAUUGAGAUCUCGACAAGCGUCGUGUCGACACAAAACGACCGCUCAAACCUGGCAGUCAUGCCACUGUCACGAAAACUCCAAGCCAAAGGAUCACGACGACAAAAAUCGAACACUGCCACGGCAGAGGAAUGA